UUGUGCCAUGAGGAUCACAGGAUGCACACGGUGGCCGUGCUCCUGCCUGUGCCUGUGUGAUAUCUUCAGGGUUCAUUGGUGUCAUAGCACCUGUCAGAGCUCCCCCUCGCUAAGGCUGAACGGUAUUCUGUUGUCCAUCUGUACCUCGCUUUGCUUAUUCAUCUGCCAGGGACCCGUGUUGCUUCUGCCUGUCGGCUCUUAUGCACAGUGCUGCCAUGAAUUCUGUGUUAAAAGGUCACUGAAAAUGGAUGAUCAGUUAGAAGAAAAUUCAUUUGGUCCUUCAAAAAUCACAAGGAAGAGAAGUAUUACAACUUACUCUCCAACAACUGGAACCCGUCAGAUGAGCCCGUUUUCUUCCCCCACAAGCUCUAAAAAACAGAAGCAUAGAAAUAGACCAUCAAACGAAAAGAGAAAACAAUUGGAUCACCUCAGCGUGGCAGAAAGAAAGGAAUGUCCACCGCAGGACGAUGAAUUCAUGGUGGUGUUCUCUAAGGUUGAGAAAUAUUUGGAAGAAACCGUGGAGAUAAUGCGGAAUUUAAGGAGUGUACAGGCUUUAGAGGGCAACAAGAAGUUGGAAAAUCUCAUGGGCACCUCCUGUACGUCACGUUUCUUAAAAAGAGAAGUGAAGAAAACCAAAGAAUUAUUGGCAAAAGUAACAAAACAAAAACUUUUUGAAAAGAAAAACUCAGGACUUCCUCAUAAAGAAUUAUGUCAUCUUGACAGCUACAGAUUCCUUAAAGCCAUUUUAAACCAAGGCACUUAGGAGGAAGUUUCUGCAGGGGGAUGCUGCUCCCUCAGUAGUUGCCAUAAAUUUUGACAAAAUCAGCAUGUCACUUGAUUCACCGU